UUGAUUUAAUAAAAGAUACCAGAUUUACCCAAAGAACCUUGUCUGCCUGUUAAAUGUAACACAUUCUUUCUAGCUGGAGGCUGAUAGAAAAUACAGAGCCCUCCCACUGGAACAGUAUCAAGACGAAACCCAGAAAAAAGCCUAGUACACCAUCAUCUUUCCUAGCAGCUAAGGGAGAAGUAGUUGGAUAUAUUGAUAUUUUCCUUGGUUCAGUGUAAAAAGGGGAUUGGACAAGAGGGGAAGGUUUCCAUUUUGGAUAAUGUUUGCUGCUUGUGAACAAUCUUCAGGCAGAGUUAUGUUAUCUUUAAACUGCAGUUCUUUACAGUGGCGUGAAAGGCAAAAAAUAAGCAUUGACCUAGUGUAGUUAAUUUCCCAGAAGAUGGAAAGAGCCGCUUGUGGGAUACUGUGCAUUCAGAAGCUGCACGCUGCAGAAUGGUAUACCAGAAACAUUACAUCUUUAAAAGAGAAGUCACCAGCAACUGAUUUUUUUUUUCUCAUUUGAAAAACCAGUUGUGUGCAUAAGAAACAGGAUAGCAGAAAAGCUUAAUAGUGCACCACAGGAGAAAUCUAAAUAUAAACAAAAUUAUUCAGUUAAUUCAGCUGAGUGCAGUUUUAAUUCUGUGGUCCUUAGUGAGGACUCCUAUACCUCAAAUUCAUUAGAGUACAAAAAAUUUUAAUUCAAUGAAACAUCAAAAUGCAAAAACAAAAUCAAACAGAAGACUUUGAAAGGCACAAAUUGGAAACUAGCAGGGGUAAAAAUUCCUGGGGUCUCAGGAAGGUUUCAUUUUCAAGCAGUUGUUCUUGAGUCUAAAUAAUACCAAGAAAAAAUAAUGGCUGGUCUGAAGGUAGUGGGUUAUCUCGAUUGUUCACAGUCAGUUACAGAAUAAUGGUAUUAGGAGACAAGAAAGUGGUAUGGAAUUUUGAUGGAGGUUAACUUGCAAGCUAUGAUUUUAGUUUCUUACAAACUGAAGUAUCACCAGAACUCAGAGAUGUUGUACCCUAGCUGCCAAAUAUACUACCAGUAAGUAACACUGUCUCUUUCACGAGAUGUAAAGAAAAUGCUCAUGGAUCCAAUUCUGUUCUAGUGAAGUAAAUAACAAAACUCCUGUUGAUCUAAGUGGUAUUGUUUCAAGGCUUGAGUGCAAAUACAUCUUAUUCUUAUAGGUCUUUCCACUUAAAUGUUUUAUCUAACGCAUCUUGUCUGAUAGUUCAGCUUCCAAGAUCUUCACUGAGGAGCAGAGUGCUGUUCUUUUGUAAUGACCAAUGUUGAAGGUCAGGACUGAAUGUGAAAAAUAUCCGGUUCUUUUAAAGAUCCUGGUAAAAGCAUAGCCAUGAAUAAGUGGGCUUGCUUUUUGGUUUCUGAUCUUGUUGCAUAUUAGCAUUAGGUAUACUACAAAUGUUCUUUGGAAGUUCUGAGGCAUACCUCAAUGCUUCAAAUGUAAGAAAAUGCAGUUGUGUGUAUUCAAGGUGUUGGCAGCAAAGGGAGCACAACAGACAGCCAGGUACAUGGCACAGAUGCAACUGCAGGAGUAGAACAAACAAAAUAUAGAAAAGCACCGGAUAUAGUAUUGAGGAAGACUCAUCUGAUUCUGAUAGGUAUGUAAGGUAUAGUAAUGAAGCUAGUUCACUUGAUUCUCUUGAUGAACUUAAGAAUGCCAUUGCAAACUGAAGGAGAAAGGGACACUUGUCUCUCUACCCUACUCAUAGUAAAAAAUGCGCUUGUUGAAGUCAGUGAUCAAAUCCCUGUUCUUUUCUAUGGGAGCAAGAUGAGACCCAGAAUAUUUUGUGGGUAAAAAUAGGCCAGUUGGUUAUGCCAGAAGUCCUGUUGAAGCCUUGCAUAGUUCUAACUGGUGGAAGACAUAGAGGGCAUAGAGCUAAGAGCCUGAAAGUCUCCUGGUACCUCUUCCUCCUGUCUCUUAGAGAAAGGAAGGUGAUCUUUAGGAAAAAAAAAAAUUGUCAAAUGCCGUAGGGGAUUUGGAACAUACCUUUUUUUGCAGGUAUUGGCUUCUUUCUCUAUUUGACAAACCAGUUCCGAAAUAUAAAAAGGUAAAUGGAAAAUAUGGGUUAUAUGUAGAGAGAGACAUAUGAACUUAUACAUGUAGCUGGAACUCAAACAUUAGAAAUAUAAUCAGAAAAUGGCUGUUUAUGUAGAUGGCUGUAUUCUAUUUAAAAACGCACUGCAUCUGUGCAGAAGAGCUUGAUGUAUGUUUGUUCCUGGCUUGAGCACUGGUAAAUGUCGAUAUACAAUAAUUUAUUAGUGCAUAAAUUCAAGUUUUGAUCUCUGGAAACAAGUUGAAAUACUGGAAAAAUAUUGUCAUAGAAGUGACAUGAAUGAAUACUUAAUUAAGUGGCCAGUUAUACCCUAUGCUUUCAUUAGCACCUUAUAGCCAUCAUGGCAACCUCUUCUGAAGAAGUGUUACUGAUAGUGAAGAAGGUGCGUCAAAAGAAGCAGGAUGGGGCUCUCUACCUUAUGGCUGAAAGGAUAGCCUGGGCACCUGAAGGCAAAGACCGAUUCACAGUCAGCCAUAUGUAUGCAGACAUAAAAUGCCAGAAAAUUAGUCCUGAAGGAAAAGCUAAAAUUCAACUUCAGCUGGUAUUGCAUGCAGGGGACACAACCAACUUCCACUUCUCCAAUGAAAGCACAGCAGUGAAGGAAAGAGAUGCAGUGAAGGACCUUCUUCAGCAGCUGCUGCCCAAAUUCAAGAGGAAAGCUAAUAAGGAACUUGAAGAAAAGAACAGAAUGCUGCAAGAAGAUCCUGUUUUGUUUCAGCUUUAUAAAGACCUUGUUGUGAGCCAGGUAAUCAGUGCUGAGGAAUUCUGGGCCAACCGUUUAAGCAUGAAUGCAGUGGAUAGUUCUGCGGCACAUAAUAAGCAGGAUGUGGGCAUCUCUGCAGCAUUUCUGGCUGAUGUUCGGCCUCAAACGGAUGGUUGCAAUGGUCUGAGGUAUAACUUAACCUCAGAUAUCAUUGAAUCCAUAUUUAGAACAUAUCCCGCAGUAAAAAUGAAAUAUGCAGAAAAUGUUCCACAUAACCUGACUGAAAGGGAAUUCUGGACGCGAUUUUUCCAGUCCCACUAUUUUCAUCGGGAUAGGGUGAACACAGGUUCAAAAGAUCUCUUUGCUGAAUGUGCCAAAAUGGAUGAGAAAGGGUUAAAAACAAUGGUGUCUCAAGGAGUGAAAAAUCCUCUGUUAGAUUUAAUGGCCUUGGAAGAUAAAUCUUUAGAUGAGGGUUAUGGUGUUGCCUCUGCACCAUCCACAUCAAACUCAUCAAAAUCGAUAAAAGAAAAUAGCAAUGCUGCCAUUAUAAAACGCUUUAACCAUCACAGUGCCAUGGUUCUUGCAGCUGGGCUCAGGAAACAAGAAGCGCACAAUGAUCAUUGUAGUGAGACCAGCAGCACAGAUGGAAACUCCAGAGAUUCUGAUUUCUUUCAGCCACCAAUGAAAAGGGUGAAGUUACAGGAAUCUAUUGAAUAUGAAGAUUUAAGAAAGAAUAAUAGCAUUAAAACUAUUGCACUAAACCUAAAGAAAUCUGAUCGGUAUUAUCAUGGUCCAACUCCAAUUCAGUCACAGCAAUAUGCAACCAGUCAGGAUAUUAUUAAUUCUUUUCAUAGUAUUAGACAAGAAAUGGAAGCCUAUGUACCCAAACUAACUCAGGUUCUUUCAAGUGGUGAUGCUGCUAGCACCAUCACAGCCCUAUCACCUGGGGGAGCACUUAUGCAGGGUGGAACACAGCAAGCCAUAAACCAGAUGGUGCCAAAUGAUGUUCAGUCUGAACUGAAACACUUGUAUGUGGCUGCAGGGGAGCUACUGCGACACUUCUGGUCCUGCUUUCCUGUUAAUACACCAUUCCUAGAAGAAAAGGUUAUGAAAAUGAGGAGUAAUUUGGAAAGAUUUCAAGUUACAAAGCUCUGCCCAUUCCAAGAAAAAAUCCGGAGACAAUAUUUAAGCACAAACUUGGUAAGUCAUAUAGAAGAGAUGUUGCAGACAGCCUACAAUAAGUUCCACAUGUGGCAAACCCGGCGUAUGUUAAAGAAAACGUGAAGAUUCCUACUGUAAAGGUUUGAGAGAAAAAUCUGCAAUAGCUAUAGGAAUACAACCUAGCAUAUAUGCAGAUCUUAUAGACAUUGCAGGAACACCUGCAGUGCGUGGACUUCUGGAAAUGAUGCUAACUGAACUUGCACGUUUUCGGAAAGAAACUGAUUUAAACUUGAAAACUAGGGAGAAAAUAUGGAAGAACCAAAACAGAAAAGCUGAGAGGCAAAAAUAUUUAAGAGACACUGUUUACUGCAGUUACUCAGGAACUGCUUUUGAUUUGCGUAAAAAGAGCUGCUUUCAGAAAUAAACUUUAAAAAAGGGUGUAUUAAUGGAAAAAAUCCAUUUUUUGUCUAAUUUUUUAAGUGUAUGGCACAGGGUAGAAUUCAAAUGUUUUUCUUCACUGGAUUCUGGCAUUUUAUUGAAUUCUGUUUGUACUUACUGAAACCAAGGUUUAACAAACUAUUUUAAAAAUAGCCGAGACUCUUUUUGCUUCAGACAGCUGGAGAGAUUAGCUGUCACAAGACAAGCUUCUGCCAUAUGUUUCCCCAUAAAUUGGAAGCAAGAGACAUUGCACUGAAAGCUGUUUGUGGUGUGGAGUCCCUGAAGGCAUAUGGGGGCACACACCUUUGCCUAACAUCUGGGAUUUUUAUGCAGAAUUUCUUUUUUCCAGCCAUCAAGUUUGCAUGUUUUCCUUUGAGUGCAAGCGUGUGCUGUUGCAGUUUUUUGGUUUUUUUGUUUGUUUGUUUUUUUACAAAGGUGGCAUUGGUUUGGAAGAGAGAAUGCAUUUUUAAAAGUAAAAGUUCAAAAUAAAGUUUCUUACAAAAAAGAGUCACUUAUUUUCACCUCUUAUAAGAAAUAAAGUUAUUUCUCUUAAAUCUGCUUUUCUCUGCUCUUCCCUGUUGAGUAUUUUUUUGGCGAAUUGAUAAUCGUUGAAAAGUGUGUGAAUGCACAGCAUCCAUAGGUACCUGGAAUAUGUGCCAUACUUUGUUCCAAAUAGAAUUAACUCACUGUUUAUCUAAGACCUGCCUGUCUUGUAUGAAAUAUUUCACUUAGAAAAAAGUAAAUCUGUUUUAUAUAAUAGAUGCAGUUUAAUGACACAUGUUGUAUUAUGUUGUCUUACCUUGACAGUUAGAGCCCAUACAGUUGGGCUACUAAUUUUUUUUAACUUGGAUUAAAUGAGACUGUUACAGAAUUAAGAUGCAACACCAUUAUGUAUUUAAAACCAAGCAUAGCCAUGUAGUGGAGCAUUUGACCUCUACCCCACAGUGGCUUGAGCACUGUAAUGAGGAGCCCCUGUUCAAUGUUAAAUUAGUAGGAAAUCUUCUAAAAGUGAAUAUUUAUACAGCAGCAGAAUCUGUCUGUGGCUUUCCUUUUCUACUAAUUAUGUUACUCCAUUUAUGCAGGAGGGGCUCUCUGACUGGCAUCUCUUUAUAGGUGACAAUUUCUGCUAAUAUUUUGGUAAAAAUCAGAAUUUCCAUUUGUGUCGCUGUGUCUGCAUUGUUAAUCUAGCUUUCCACUGUCUGCUUUGCAGACAGCUGCAUGGCAUCUGCUGUGUGGUAAUGUAACAUGGUUUUGCUACAUCACAGAUGACAGGGUUCAGUGAGACAGUGUGUUAAGCCAGGAUGGUGGAACUUCACUGUGAAUGAGCUGAAGUGUGGAUAUAAUAGUAUCUGUGUGGGAGGUAAGGACUCUCACUAAAAAGGAGGUAUUCACUUGCAAUUCUAGUGAGUCUGUGGUUAUACUGCCUAUAAACAAAGUUACCUGGUUUUUUAAUAAAUACAAUUUUGUCCUGGCCCUAAUCCCAUGGAUUUCAACAGGUUUACAGUGGUGGAAAGAUAUUCAGUAGUUGGCUAAUAGAAUAUUACCACUGUUGUAAGUCUUCAUUUUCUUUUUAAUGAGCCACCAAAAAAGCAGUGUUCCAAAAUAUCUAUUCCCCAACCAAGUACACAUCUGAAUUGAUGCAUGCUUUCAUCAAACUACAGCGCUGGGCUGAGGAAAACUAGCCUAGUUCUAUUCUAAUAGUGCCUGCAGCUAUGGUGACAAAUUCACGUAAGAGAUUGCACUGAAACUUUAGCAAUAAUCUCACUUGGCUUUAAAAUCAUGCAAGGAGAGGGUUUGUGAACAUAGAACAAAUCAGCAGUAUCUACUCCUUCCGAAAGCAUUUGGCAAACUGCUCAGUAAGUUUCAGUGUAUAGGUGUGCUAUUUAUGAACCCGAAGGGAUCUUGGCCAUUCUUUUGGUUUUCACUGCCUGAACAUACUCUGGAUUAAACGCGAGGGAAAAAUGCUGAAAAACAGCAGGUUGGUCCAAAAAGAGAGCAAGUGAGGAUGCUGUGCACUUCACGUUGCGUUUCCAAGGAUUGUGGCAAUAAAGUACAAAUCUCUCUUCAAGUUAGGGGAGCUGUUACCCCCUCCCUCACAAGUUACAUAUUUCUUCUUCUAGGUACCUUCCCUUAAUUGUGUUUCCUAAUAGUUUUGUUUCAGUACUUUUGUAACAUGGUCCAACAAACUGACUUUGACUAUUUCUUUAGCAGUUUUGAAACUGUGAAUCACCUUGCAUUAUAUACUAAUUGGAAUCUUUAUACUGACUUGUAUUUUUAAUGACAGUUCAUACUUGUAUUGCUGGCAUUGAUCAAAGUAUUUGUAGAAUAAACCCUACUGAAUUCUGCAGUCAAGUCUU